AUGACGGCGACAGCAGCGAACACCGCCGAGGCGAAGCCCUCUAUUCUGCAGACGACGGAAGCACUCCUAGCUAUCCCUUCGAGUGAGACCGUGUGGUCGGCGUGGUACAAGGAGUCGGAGGACAAGUUUUUGGAGUUCAAGAGCUUCGAGCCGGUGCCAGUGGCGGGAGGUCCAGGCAACAUGUCCCGCACCGGGUCUGUUCGCACUUUGUCGAUGCGGCAGAUCAGCGGGCAGUUUGAGGAGGAGGUGGCCAAGUCGUGGGAGGAGGACUGGGAAGACGAGGAUGUAGAGGACACCUUUGAGUACAUCAUCGGCCAGAUUUCACAGCUUCAUGUCACCAAGGCCGUGUCCAAAUAG